AAAUGUGCUGUGUGCCAAAAAAAAACUACAAAUUGGUUAAACAAAAAUGAGAUGGUGUUCCUAUGUAAAAAUUAUAACAUUUUCUGUAUUGUAGAUUAGUAUUUUACGUGUUGUGUUCUCCGUUUAGCGCUUAGACUACGGUAGUGCUUAUUAAUAAACUGGCGUCAGAAACGAGCAUUUCACCUCCGCCGCUGCUAAGGUUUAGCACAGCCCCGUUAGAUGGCGCAACGAAGUCAUAUAUGACAGAACUGUAAAUAUAUGGCCGUGUAAACGGCGUAAUCACAUCUGAGAUUUGAUCACUCCAGCUUUCACCGCCGUGACCCGUGUAACCACAGGUGUAACGACACAAUUCGAGAUGUGUUAGCAAGAUGGCUUCGUCUGUUGAGAUCAGUCUAAACGUGGUGAAAUGCCUUGGAGCCUUUUACAUUAUCUACUAUUGUGUCGGAAGUCUGGCGUUCGGUGCGUAUAGCCUGCAACAUUUUGACGGCAAGAUACCGUUCGAUUUUAACACAUGGGUGGACUACAUGGAGUGCUGUAAAGGGUACACGUCGAGUGAGUUAGUGAAUCUAAUCUCGUUGAUGCUGACCUACUUCGUUCUACCGUUCGUGCUCGUGACCUUCAUCAGACACGCACUGUGGGACUACAUACUGACUGUCACCACCAUACAUGUAGCAGUUUCCAGCCUCGUCAUGUUGGAAUUUCCACUAAACUGGAAUUGGUGGGCCUCCCUGGGUAUUGCCAGCCUCUUUUGCAUUUGCAUUGGUGAGUCGCUCUUGCUGUCUAUCAACGCCAAGUCACUCUACCUUACGUGAUGCCUGCGUGAAAUCCAAGAGGCUGCCAGAACGUAGCAAAGGGGAAGAAAGGCACAUGUAUAUAUGUGUGCAGUUUCUGUUGCGUUACGCGUCAUCGGCCAGUUUAGUCUAUUCAGUUAUCGUAAGCUACUUGAAGUCUAGCCGAUUCCAUUGACAGCUCUACUGAUUGUCUGUGAGUGGUAGACGAUUCGUGUCUCGGAAGUAUUUUUGCGCCAAAGUAAAUUAUUGUUGCCAAAUGAGUUUAUUCAUUAAUUCAUAAUGGAUAUUUGUUUUAUUAUUUCAUUCAAUAACUUCACAGAUUAUAUUUCUGAUUUAAUUGCUGUCAGUGAGUAAUAUCUGACAAGCCGUUUAAUGAUUCAAGGUUUCAGAUGCGUGGUUAUUUCAGAUGAUAAUUACGGUGGUUUUGCAUCUUGUCAUUUAGUGAUUUCUUGUUUUAAUUACAUUUGUAUUUAAGAUGAGAAUUGGAUAUCUUAAUGCGAUCCGUCCUAGGUUGUACUAUUAUGAUAUUAGCAAGACUUUGAUUGCAUGCUUGAUAUUAGCUGUUUUGAAACAUUCCGUAUGUACAUGUAUUUAUGCAGUUUCGUGAUAUAAAAUCUUUUAGGUGAUUUUUCUUAAAGUAAUUACGUCACCGUAAAUGGUAAAAAUAAAAAAAUAUUUCCAGUUUUUCACAGAAUGUAAGUAAUUCUGUUCACUUUUUAUGGUUAAAUUGCUGCAUUAUAGUUCCUAUUUUACUAUAUUGUUUGAUGUAAACAUACGUACAUGUAACAUUCGUGACAUAGUCAAUUUUAUCCGUCCCGUAAUGUUUCUAUUUGAGUAGUUCCAUCAGCAGUGGAAUUGCUGUACAUAUUAAAGCGUGAAUGUCGUCGGUAUGUAUAUAUUUAUUUUUAUUGUAAGAACGGUAUUUCUAUUUAUAUAAGUAACGUUGAUCAAGCUAGUUGUAGUUUGUCUCAUUAAGAUAAUGAGUGAGAAUGAAUGGCCUUUACUGUACAAGUACAAGCUCAUUGACUGUAUAGUCUUGUUCACUAGUCGAACUAUGGUUCUUACUCGCCAUGUACAGUAUUUUCUUCAUCCUAUCUGUCCAUAGUCGUCUAUUCACCCCAUUGUGUCAAUUACUUAAGCAUGAACAAUAUUUUCUAAAACAUUUCGAACAGUUUAUGAAAUAAAUUAUUUUUCAAUUACCGGUAAA